CAGCGCCCUGGCUGUCCUACUAAUUGGCUGGGAGGCUCGUCCCUACCACCGUCUUCACUCGGCCUCGAGCCCUUCCUCCUCCCUGUCCCACCUUUUCUGCCCGCCGUCACCGGCCUCUGUGCCCUGGCCUGAGACUUUGCUGCAUUCACUGGGCUUUCGUCGUCCGCUUACCUCGGUGCACGCUGCCCUUAGCCAUCUCUAGCCUAUGCUUCCAGCCAUGCAGACGCGCUUAUCUUUCCUGCUGGCCAUAAUAUCCCUCGCAGUUCCUCAAGUCUGCGCAUCUAAUUUUACGUUCUUUUACGGAAAUGCAUCACAAUGCGGAGACUUCGCCAUUACAUGGUCUGGAGGCACGGCACCCUACCAACUCACCCUGAUCCCUUCGUUCAACCGCCCUAUCACGCACUCCAUUCCGACGUCGAGCUACAGCAAUGGCCAAGGAUCCUAUUCGCUGCAACUCCCAGUGAAUUCCAGCCAGCAACUCGUUGCCGUGAUGUCGGAUGCCUCAGGUUUUGGGACAGGCGGGGUCUCGGAGGUCAUGACAGUCGGUGCGGGAAGUUCUGACUGUAAUAGGUCAUGGCAAGCGGUUGACUUCUAUUACGACACCGAUAUGGCUCUCGAUCAAUGCCGGACUUACUCAUUCGCCAACUACACCGGAGCAGUGCAACCUGUCACCAUCACUGGUAUAAUUCCGGGAGGCACGACCUUCGUGCUGAAUCCUCCCACAGGCCCGACUGACUUCGAGUGGAUCGUCGACGUUGCUUCCGGAACGGAGCUCAUGUUCUUUAUGACUGAUUCGAAAGGACGAUCUGGUGGAGCCUCACAGUUGGAUGAAGUCGGUCUGUCUGGCGAUCCAUCCUGUCUUACGGGCGCCUAUCCAUCGUCCUUGUCGGUCCAUCCGUCGGGCACAGCUACGGCAGCUGCUAGUGCCUCAGCGGCUGGUAACACAGGCACGUCGUCCUCGCCAACGGGAGCCAUUGUUGGCGCGGUCGUUGGUGGCGUGGUAGGCCUCGGUCUCGUCGCCGCAGCUGUCUUCCUUUAUCUGCGGAAAGAACGACGCAAAGGGCGUUACGGACAGAACGGCGCACUCCCGUAUCGGGGAACGAGACCAAGGAGCGACGAAGUUGAUCUCGCAGCAGACGGAGGAGAUGACGUACCUCCCCCACAUGUUGUCCAACCUUACCCGUUCUUCAACCCCACCGGGAGCAUCCAUUCGCAAGGGCAACAGUCCAUCCAACCAUACCCGUACUUCAACCCCACCGGCAGCGUUAACUCACAAGGACAGCAGUCCAUCGGCGGUGCGCAAUCGACAGUCAGUCUCAUACGUCCGAUGAGCUACGCUGAGUCGCAAGGCUACGCGCAUCCAGACCAGUACACCCACGGCGUCGCGGUGCACUCGCGUAACAACUCCCUCGUCGACGGCAGAUCCACGUUCGCAGGCACGCAGGCGGGUACACGCUUAAGUGGCAUCUCGAAUCCGCGAACGCUGGCAUCGCAGACGCAAACCUCGCAAACGCCGACCACGCCGACCUCGCAGACGCCGUCGCAGGGCCUCUCAUCUGCGUCCAGGCGAAAAGCUGCUAUGGCGGGCGUCACGCCGUACCAGCCCGCGCCGCCGCGCUUCAUCCUGCAUACGGACGCAGAGGACGUCAUCGAGCUGCCGCCGCAGUACACCUCCCUGCGCAUGCCGUCCGCGCUCACGCAGGCGACGGACUCGGACGAUCGCAGAGCGUCCGGGUCGGGGAACAAGCUCCCGCCCACUUAUCCACCACCACCACUUUCCGUCAACCCAGAGGCCGCCCCACCGGACUCUGCUGGACCACCGUCAAGCAUCAUCGAGGAGGACCACCCCCAUGCAGGUCUGCCGGAGCCCAUGGCACCGUCCUCGGCGCGGUCACCCGCCUCCGCACCGCCGUCGUACGACUCAAGACCAACAUAGCCUGCAUCCCAUCCCGGACAGUGGGAGACAUACACUCACCCACGACUUGCAUAUUUAAAACAAACGGACACUGUUCUGUACCUGUCGCGCGUCCUUCUGCUCCGCUUAUCUCCGUCUGGCAUUCUGGUUCACUUCGUCUUCCGACUUCAAGCUUCAUACCUCACCAGAGUCGUGCGCGGCUCCAUCAUUGGGCCGGUCUUCUAUACUCAUCUAUCAGUACGAUACGUUCCUUGUGUCUUGUCUGUCAUUCAUUUCAUGUGCUAUCUGCUUACGGUAGAUUGUCUGUCUAGGGCAAUGGACCUUAGUCUUCCCCGUGUCGAUGUGGUGCGC